GCACAGCCCGCUGACAGCCAAAGCCUCAUGUAGAAUAUGCAAAAACCAGUUGUUAAUAGUUAGGCAGUCGUCUUAGACAGCCUGUGCAAAUAUAUAUAUGUGUGUGCGCAAACCCUUGGGCUAGCUAGAAUCAAAUUAUGCGGUAGGAGCUGAAAUCUCUUUGAGAGAAGUAUCCAUCACAUAAGGCAAGUCUCUUACGUAGAGGAGGAGGAAGAGAAGAGAAGAGAAGAAAAGGACGGAUGGUUAGCCAGUCCAAGACGCCGGCGCCGGAGCCGUCGACGACGAAGAUGCCAUCGGCGCCUCCGGCGGUAAAGGGCGUAGCGAAGACGCUGGCGCAGCACCACAAGGCCGUGAUCGGGUUCCUGCUUGGCUUCUUCCUGGUCCUGCUGCUCUACACCUUCCUUUCUGGCCAGCUUGUUUCCUCGGAGGAUGCCAUUGUGAGGGCCGUCACACAACAGUCCACGCCUGCCGUGCAUACCGAUCAAGACGGCAGGACCACAUCUCCGACUUCACCAACGUCCACGUCCAGCAAUACGACACAAGAUAACUUGGAAGGGAAAAAUACUGAGCGGUCUAGCCAGCCAGCUGUGAACGACGAAGCAAGUGACAAGAUGGAGGAGGAUCUUAUCCGGCAAGACAUUGAUCAAGCUGGAACGAAAAAUGGCACAAACCAUAAACCCGGUGCACCACGCAAGCCAAUAUGCGACCUGUUAGAUCCCAGGUAUGACAUCUGUGAGAUCUCCGGCGACGCACGGACCAUGGGCACCAAUCGGACCAUACUCUACGUGCCGCCCGUCGGAGAGCGUGGGCUUGCCGACGACAGCCAUGAAUGGAGCAUCCGAGAUCAGUCUCGCAAGUACCUGGAGUACAUAAACAAGGUGACGGUAAGGUCAUUGGAUGCCCAGGCAGCGCCGGGAUGCACCUCUCGCCACGCCGUCCCGGCCGUGGUGUUCGCCAUGAACGGGCUUACCUCGAACCCGUGGCACGACUUCAGCGACGUGCUCAUCCCACUCUUCAUCACCACCCGCGUCUACGAGGGCGAGGUCCAGUUCCUCGUCUCCGACCUGCAACCGUGGUUCGUCGACAAGUACCGGCUCAUCCUCACCAACCUGUCCCGCUACGACAUCGUCGACUUCAACCAGGACAGCGACGUCCGGUGCUACCCGAAAAUCACCGUAGGACUCCGCAGCCACCGCGACCUCGGGAUCGACCCAGCUCGCACUCAGCGGAACUACACAAUGCUGGACUUCAGGCUUUACAUCCGGGAGGUCUACUCGCUGCCGCCCGCCGGCGUGGACAUCCCGUUCAAGGAGUCCAGUAUGCAACGGAGGCCGCGGGCCAUGCUCAUCAACCGCGGGCGGACGAGGAAAUUCGUCAACUUCCAGGAGAUCGCCGCGGCGGUGGUGGCAGCAGGUUUCGAGGUGGUCCCGGUGGAGCCGCGUCGUGACCUGAGCAUCGAGGAGUUCUCCCGGGUGGUGGACUCAUGUGACGUGCUCAUGGGCGCGCACGGGGCCGGACUCACCAACUUCUUCUUCCUCCGCACCAACGCGGUGAUGCUGCAGGUGGUGCCGUGGGGCCACAUGGAACACCCAUCCAUGGUGUUCUACGGUGGUCCGGCCAGGGAGAUGAGGCUGCGCGACGUCGAGUACAGCAUCGCCGCCGAGGAGAGCACGCUCUACGACAAGUACGGCAAGGACCACCCGGCGAUCAGGGACCCGGAAUCUAUACACAAGCAAGGGUGGCAGUUCGGGAUGAAGUACUACUGGAUUGAGCAGGAUAUCAAGCUCAACGUCACCAGAUUUGCUCCCACGCUGCAGCAGGUGCUUCAAAUGCUCAGGGGAUAGACCUUACUCCGAUCCGAUCCUUCCUAUACAGGCAGGCUUAGAGAUACAUCCGUAGAAACAAACAAUUUCUUUAUUUUUUGACGUUUCGACUUAGCAUGCCGUGGCGAAUUCGCGCGCCUCCGUUUGUUAGGUUGCACUAUCUGGAUGUUUACACAAAUAAAUAGUAGAGUGAACAAAGUAUACCAUAGUACCAUACCAUAUACUCUAUGAAGGAAACUAAAGGAACGCACAUCACUAUCUGGUGCUGCGUGGUA